AUGCUGCAAUGGGGCGUCGAUAGCUCAGUUGGUUACAACACUGACUUGCAAUCGACAGGUCACGAGUUCAAGUCCGGCCUAGUCCCCCCAGGUUUGCUCAGCCUGGAGAUUGAUGAGUAUUCAUUGGGUUGCCAUCAAACCCAAUGUCUUAUGUCGAUGGUGGUGUCGGAAAAAAAUCGCAUGGUCUAUUCUGGAGUUGGAGCUUAA